AUGGGAAUUUUGGUAUUGAGAUACAAGGGAACGAAGAAAUCGAAAAGGGGGAAUCAAUGCGAAUGGGAAAAAGAGGAAGAUUCGGCAGGAAACUUUGGACAAAUGGGGUUUCAUAUUCCUUUCUGUCUAAAGGCUUCCUGUCUAUCCAUGCAUGUAUUCUUCAAUUUGUUCAUCCAAAGCGCUCCGGGUUCCGCUACAAUUAUACAAGUUCGAUAG